AUGGAGCUUUGUCGGAUAUGGUGGCCUCCGCGCCUCCGCCAGGGCGGGCCUCUGGCGCUGCUGGGAUGGAUCAAUCUUCACAGGCGCUGUGCUGAUCUCGUCGUGGCUGCGGCGGUUCCGGCAUUUGAUCUGGAGGGAUUCUUCACAAGGCGCAGCUUGCGAGCGCUAGAAGAAUGCUGCGGGGAUGUCUGUGUGCUUGGCUUGUGUAUUGCCAACGAGCUAGAGCCGCGAGAGCUUGCCAUGCCGGAAUCGAGGAGCAAGUUGUGGAUAACAUGCUCCUGCGCUGCCGCCCGGGAUGGAUUUUCGACUCCCACGCAUUGUUCCAUCACUCUCGAAGGCAAGCCAUGCUCACCGAAAGUUCACUUUGUUCUGUACAAUCCCCCUCUCUUCCGGAGCCACCAUUUUUCACUCCAGCAGUGGGAUUUUUUCCCCUCGUGUUUCAGGCUCCAAAGUUUUGAGCCAGGAAACAUUGACAAGAAGCCUUACUGGAUUCUAGAGCUUGAGCAGCAAAAUAGAGGUCCAGAUAUCGCUAUGGUGACGCGGCAGCUUAAUUGUGCUGCUUUUCUGGAUGCUGCGACUGACAAAGUUUCUCAUUCGAUGUUCCGAGACACAUUUUUUAUUGUCUUGGCCGGAGUGGCUGCUAUUUUAUCCUCACUAUACUUUGCUGCUAGUCGGGUCUGGUUUCUGGCUUCAAACUGGAUUCUUUCAAUGCCACUUGUGAGCUGUGCACUGCGUUCUAGCAGUACGUUCCAAAGCAUUCAGAAUCGAUUCCAGGAGCUUAGUAUGUGGCCUUCGAUAUUUUUCUGGUGCACUGACGGGCCUCAACAUCCAAAUGCAGCCGUUUCCCAUCGACUUGACUUGCUGAGGCAUUCGUUAUGGUUCAAGAUAGCCGUGGAUUUAGUGCUUGGCACGGUGCUUGGCGUCCUCGUGCUUAUGUUCCAAAACGCCAUCGCGAUGUUCGUCGUGACUCUCUCUUGCUUCUUGACCAACGACGUCCUGCGAACUGGAUGCAUCUGGCUCAUGGGAGUUCCAGCCGGCUUCAAGCUUAACAACGAGCUUGCCGAGGUUAUGGGGACUGCCGCUUUGAACGUCACCCAGGCUUUCUUGACAUUUCUGGAGCUUUUCCCAGCUUCUGUUCGGUUGUUACAAUGCCUGGGAGCAGUCUCGAUUCUACUCGGUGCCAGCGUCUCAACCUCAGUUAUGGUGGACGCUGUCUUUAUGGCGACUGCUCACAUAACUAUGCUUCAAAGAGUGACCGCCUUCAUAUAUGGGAACCAGCUCAAGGUACUCGCAGCGUUGUGGCGAAUGUUCAGGGGUCGAAAGUUUAAUCCGUUGAGAAACCGGAUUGAUAGCUACGAGUAUUCAGUGGAAGAGCUCGUGGUUGCUUCUCUAAUGUUUACGCCGCUCCUCCUGCUGCUUCCCACAAUGUCGGUGUUUUACACUUUUUUCACGAUAUUACACGCGUCUCUCACCGUUCCCAGAUUUCUACUGCAAAUCGCAGUUGAGCUCAUCAAGACGUUUCCUUAUGUUGAACUGUGGCAGUGGAUAGUUGCAAGGCAGAGGCUUCCAUCUGGCCUGGAGUUCCACUUUGAAGUUGUGAGUAACGAGGUAGCAGUGUCAAGGCUCCACUCCAGGCUCGCCACUUUUGACGAAAUUACCAUGCCAUUUAUUUUAGGAUUGUUUUCCAGAUGGGAUUCCACGGUUGCUUCCAGCACUGCUUUUAAUCUGGCAACUGGAGGAAGGUUGCCUAUGAAAUUCUGCUCGGGUUUGUGCCCACAGACUAUACACAGUUCUAACUUGAGCCUCAGAAAGUUUUUCAUUCUUUCUUUCAGAGCUUUCAGUUCUGGAACUGAUUUUUGGAAAUGAGCAUUGUUCUCGAGCGGUUCCCAAUCUGAGAGCAAAAAUCAGUUUCUCUUUUAA